GAGAGAAAUAGUUUCUCUUGUUCCAUGAUUGCAAGACAACUUAGAAACUGUCAUGUGUGAUUACGAGAGAGCUGCUAUGGAAAGUGUACAAGCACAAUUCCCCAGGGUUACCAUACAUGGAUGCUGGUUUCAUUUUACUCAGGCUGUAUUAAGGAAGUGGAAGAAUUUGGGGUUGCAAGGAGCACCAAAAGAGAUUCUGUCAAUGGCUAUGACAAUGCCUUUAGCUCCAUCCGAUAUGUUUCCAGAAGCAUUACAUCAAAUUCAGUUAGUCGCUGAUCGUUUAUCCGACACAUAUCCAAAUGUUCUUAUGUUUAUGGCGUAUCUAAGAAGUGUAUGGCUACCUAUUUCUUCGAAGGUCAGCGUGUAUGGCUCAGCAGUCAGGACUAACAACAUUGUUGAAUCCUUUCACAGUGCUAUAAUCAGAAAAUUCAAGGCUGUCCAUCCAAAUUUUUGGUUUUUCAUAGAUAACUUAACAAAUCUAAUUGCGGAUCAGGAAACAAAUUAUAAAAGAUUAUUAAAAAAUGAAAACAUAAGGAGUAUACGAACACGCACGAAUAAAGCAAAGGAUAAGAAAAUAAUAACAUCACAAGAAAAUUUAAUGUCUGGGACACUGCCAUUAGGUCAAUUUUUACGUUUCUUUAGCGAAGAUCAUAAACAAGAACACUACGAGAACGAUUUAAUGUCAACAGAUCCUAACGAAAAUGAUAAAUGUAAUGAACUUCUUCCAAAAACAACAUUCUUCGCAGAAAAGGUACCCACCGCGACCGUUGAUGAAUGUAAUGAAUUUCCAAAAAUAACAUUUGUUACAGAAGCGGCAAAUAUCGCGUCUGUUAAUAAAUUCUACAAAAACCAGCCAACACAAUUUAACGCAACUUCCAAUAUAGAAGAUCAUAGCGGCGUAAUGUUGGCUGAAGAUCGUGUACGUACCCAAAACGUACACGCAAUAACUGCAGAUGGAGAGAAUAAGAAUUGGCAGAAACCUGUUUCAAGUAUAGAAACGCGUAGUAGUAACAUGAGCCCCCAAGUUGUUUUGGAGAAGAUGUGUAUCCAAACACAGCGGCGUAAAUCUUUACGGAAGACAACUUCUACAUAAUAAUUAUACUACCACAUUAAUGUUCCUGCACAGCAGGCCUGGCCAAGUAGGGGAAAACCACUCCUGAAGCACACGUUCCAGUUCCACUUCCAACGUUGCUCCUUCAAGUAAGAUGGAACGGUUCCGACUACCGUAUCUCCGUCUUUCUUAGCGGCCGGACUGUCUCCUCAGAGAGACGGUAGUCGAAACCGUCUCAUUUCUAAAUAUUCCAAUACUUUUUCUGAUUGGUCUGAAUAAUGAAAUAUUUUAGAUGAACUGUUUUAAUCGAAUGCUAUGAAUUUGAGAUUUGUAAUCACCAUACAAGUGAUACAAAAUAGAUGAAAGUGAAUAGUAAAAUAAGUACUCUGAUAUUACAACUUGUUUUUGUUAUUUAUAAAAUCUUACUCGACAAAAGUAUUUAUUUGCAUGUAGAAGAAGACAAUGUGAACGGUUAAUUAAACUCUAUAUUAAGGAAA